AUUUUCUUUUCUUUAUUUGUGUCACUGAGUCAAAAGCUUGGUUCUGCUCAUCUCCACCGCACACUACACACAGAUUUUUUUUUCUAUUUAAGAAAUCGCGACAUCAGUUAUCACUAGUGGUGUGAUGUAGGCCAUGUUAUUUACUAUCCUUUUAUUGACGACUGAGCCAGUGAGUUCUUCCGGUGUGAUCUAGUACUGGCACGUCCGGGAUUCUCCGCAGUCUGGUGCGGUGACGAGCUUCUACAGCAGAACAGCUUUAAUUCUCAGAAGCUAUAAGAUGGCAGAGCCUCGAAGUCAAGUCUCGGCUUCCAUGUCUCAGAAGUCCCUUGGAUUUUCAUCGUCGGAAGGACCAGCAACAGAGAUGGACCCAGUGGAGUACACCCUCCGCAAGAGGCUGCCCAGGAAGCUACCAAAGCGGCGUAAUGAUGUCUACAUCAACAUGAAGACUGACUUCAAGGCCCAGCUGGCCAGGUGUCAGAAGCUGUUGGAUGGCGGUGCAGGUCACAGGGAGAUCUGCAUUCAUGGCCUUGGACUUGCUAUCAAUCGGGCCAUUAACAUUGCUCUGCAGUUGCAGGCGUUCAGUCAGGGGGCACUUCAGCUCGCUGCCAACACCUCCACCGUAGAGCUCAUAGAUGAUCUGGAACCUGAGGAUCCAGAUGAAGCUGGAGAGCCACUAACACGCACACGCAACAACUCUGCCAUCCAUAUCAAAGUGUUCUACCCCAAUGCUUAAGACAGAUCCCACUCCAAAGGCUUAAGAAGCGAGACUAUUGAGUUCAUUUCCACAUUGAAAAUAGACGAGAAAGGGACAAGCCUGUGUCUGCUUUUAGUUGUAGCAGGAUUUAAGCUUUCUUGUGUUAAUGUGCUGAACAUACAACUUGUUACACUGAUUUAUAAACAUUGUUGAAGAGAUGCCAUUUGGAGUCACUGAGGAGAUGAAACACAUUUCUGUUUGAACUGGAAUUUAGAUAGUUUUGUGUGUGAACUUAGCUGAGCAGCACUGUUCAGACCUACCAGUUCACUGAGCUGUGUCUGUGAGUCCUGUUUCCAUAGUUCUCAUACAAGCAGGAAGUUAAACAAUUUGUGCUGGUGUGUUGUUGUUUUGGAGUGAAAAUUAUUUAAUGUGUCCGUGCAUGUCAGAUUUCCUGAAGGACAAAUUCCUUGCAUGUUGUUGUUUUUUUAAUUAACCUUAUUUUUGAAAAUAUUUGUUGUACAGUUGUGUAAAUAAAGCACAGUUAUAUACUCAUACAA